UUCCACGAUUGGCAUGAUUGACGUGUUGAGUGGGCGGGUUCAGGAGGAAAGAGGCGGAGCUAGACGGAGGAAGCCGCUCGGAACAAUCAAGCAAAACAAAAGCGAUUCAACGGAAUAUUGUGCGAUUAAACUGAUUAAAUGGUUUGCUGAUGAUGUCGACAUUUCCAUCUUCUUCCUCCAAGAGCUUGACCUCCACCCCGCUCAAGUCCAGACCCAGCGUCCCGAGCAGUGUCCUGCAGCGCAGCAGGAGCCUUGAGUCCACCGGAGACUCGACGUCCUCGCUGCUGUCACCCAUCUAUCAUGACAGCUUUGAGCUUUCAGAGGACGAACCGGAGUCAGAUCAGCCACGGCCUGUUCACAACAUCACCACCACGUUAAGUGAAGACGUCGCACCAGGCUCUCCAUACAGGGAUGAGGUGGACACGACAGGCCUGGAAGACAGAGCGUCAAAUGUGCAGUUCAAACUGAGUGCUUGGGAGCAGUGGAUUGUGGAUAAAGCCAAAGAAGAACGUAUCAGAAAGCAACAAAAAGCCAUGGAGGAGCUCACGCUGAUGGAAAAACAGAAAGAGGUGGAAAAAGAACAACAGAAGAAGAAAGUUGUCAACGACUGCAAAAUUCAAGAGUGGCUGGAAAUAAAACGAGAACAGGAAAAGAAAGAGAGGAUGUCCAAAGAGUUUCAGAAGAGCAAAGAACAGCUUCAAGAGGAGAAAAAACGUGCUGAGAUUGAAAGGAAAGCUCAGGAGAAAUAUAAGGAGUGGCUGCGGAAGAAGAAGCAACAAGAAACGGAGAGAAAGCUAAAAGAGAAGGAAGAGGCAGCCAGAAGAGAAGCAGAAGAGAGGGAGCGCAAAGAAAAAGCAGAGGAAAGCUUUAAAGAGUGGCUUGAAAGUUUAAAAACAAAAGGAAAACUGAGCCGACAGUCAUCAGCAUCCUCAGCCGGCAAUUAUAACAAUGUGAACUAUCCAGCUCCGAGUUUCGUCAACCCUAUUCCAUGGAAACCCAUUCAUGUUCCUCAGCAAGAGCAAACACCGAGGAAAAGCUCUACCCGUAAAAGAACCCCAGGACCACCAAAGAGCCAGUCGACCCCCUGUCUCACAUACAGACCUAAAGACAUGAUCAGCUUCGCGUGUAAGAGACGGUGACACUGACCUCUGCUGGUCUGAGACUGCUAUAACCUCGUCUAAAGACUUGAAGCCUCUUUGUCAAGCAGGUAUUUCAGAUUCAGAAGACUGAUAUCAUUCGACAUAAGAGAAGAUACACCAGGAGGCUGGUUUGUGUGUCUGCAGGCCUGAUUUCAUCUGUGAGAUGGAUUUAUCAGUAGAUGGCAGAUUCCUCAUCUGUCGGUUAUGAUUUUGACUUUGAAUGUUUGCUAACUAGGGAAUAUAGAUUAUUUUUUUUGUGUCCAAAUAAAAGAUCUUUGGAAAUGCAAUAAUU